UUCAGGACGUGUGUGUCGGAGAGCAGAGAGCCAUGCAGGUCUGAAGUGUGUGAGGGUCUCUCAGCUGAAGCUGCCUCCCUCCCUGGAAGAUGGUCCUGCUGCUCGGUCUGCUUUUAAUCCUCUGUGGAGCCCCGAGUCUGUGUCUGGAGGAAGACACAUCCUUUCUCUUGGAUGGAGACAUCCGUCACUUGGCCGUGGACAGUAACACGGUUUACAUCGCCACUGAAGAGAAACUGUACCAGCUGAACCACGACCUGACCCCGGUCCACAGUCUGACCCUGAGAGGAGUCCUGAAUCCGGACACGGAGGACUUCUACAGAGUUCCUGCUGCCGCUGACUGGAACGCAACUUUCAGGGUCAAUAUUUUAUUACCGUUUGAGAAGAAUCAGUCUGUGAUCAGCUGCGGUGUGAUCGAUGGAGCGUGUGGAUACUGUGAGAUUCUGGACCUGAACAACAUCUCCAACAUUCUGCACAAGGAAAACUUCCAGGUGGGACCAGCCAAACGCAGCAGCGCGUCCGUCGCUUUUCUGGUGACCCUGAAGAAAAACCAGCCUCGCAGUGACUCUUAUAUUCUGACUGCGAUACAACAGGACGGGUCUGGAGAGGAGAAAUGUCCCUCUGAUUCAGGAACUGUAAACCUUCACAACACUGAGGACACUUCCACCGGGGGGAUAUUUUCUCUCAAUGAGGCGUCUGGUGUACCCACCAUCAAAAGCAAAGGGAACUUGGAGUUCGUGGAUGGAUUUCAGAUCAACUUGACCAUUUAUCUGCUCGCCAAUGAGCCAUCAGGCGCUAAAAAAAACAGAGUCCGUGUUUUUUGGCUCAAAGACAAAUUAAAAGAAAACGACACACUGGAGUCUCUGAGGGGAGUGACUCUCCUUCUCUCUGAUGGUGGCAGCAGACUGCUGGCCUCCUCGGUCGUCCCGGGUGGUCUGCAGAGGCUGUGGAGCGGCGUGUUCAGUGUGGAUGGAGGACAAACCAACACCCAGCUGCUGCUGUUUGACAUCAGUCCUGCUAACGAGUUAGCAAGGUGGCUGAGAAGUGUGCAUCGGAAGACAGUUCUCCUCAGACAGAGCAACAUGACCUCUGUUCUGGCAGUGAGGCAGAACAGCUGGAUGGUUUUCUUCAUCGGGACUGGAGACGGGCAGCUCAUCAAGCUUGCUGUGGACAGGAACUAUCACACCACCUGUCCCAGAGGGCUCUACAUGUCCAACCAGGACCGCCGAGUGUUUCCCAGAAUGCACCUGGAUCCAGUGGAUCAUAAACAUGUUUAUGUGCCAUUUCAAAAUGAGGUGAAGCGUGUGGCUGUAGCAAAGUGCAGCACACACACAAAUGUCCAGGAGUGGUGGACUGCUCAGGAUCCAUACUGUGUGUGGUGUGUCUCCAAAGGAAGCUGCACCUUUGAAGAUGACUGUGAGGACUCCCACUGGCUGUCCAUUCCUGAUGUCUUCCAGCAGAAACUGAUUUCCCACAAAGUUGUUGAAGACGGGACUGGACAGCUCACUCUGAACAUCCAGACUCAUGUGAAUGUGAGCAAAGAGACGCAGUUCGCCUGUCAGUUCUCCACAACUUCUGGGGAGCUUUGUAGCCGGGAUGGCCUUCCUCCACAGUUCCCACAAUGCACCUGCAUCCUUUCUGAGCAGACCGUUCCUCCUGAAGGCCUGCUGGUCACUGUAAAGAUGAGGCUUGGCUCAACAAGUCUGACCGAACAACUGCAGUUAAUGAACUGUUCUGAUAUGAGUGGACCACCAACCCGAGUCUUGUGUCAGCAGUGUAUCAAAGCCGGCUGUGAAUGGAGCAACAACGGCUGUUCCUGGGCUAAUGAACGACUGUUAAAUGACAGUGUGUGUCAAACGCUGCAGUCUGAGCUGAACUUUCCUAAGCCUGAGAUCUCCUCCAUCAGCCCCAGCAUUGUGUCUUUCUAUGGAAGAAACCACGCAGUGUUGUCAGGUGGUAACCUCAGCGGUGUGACCGGAGUGAGGAUGCAGGCAGACCUGGACUGUACGCCACAGGAGUCUCCUGUCUGGAACAACAGCGGCUCCAGUUUGACCUUCCACAUUCCCAGAGCAAACCGUAAAGGGACAGUGAAAGCCUGCGUUCUCCUCCCAGACGGCAGUUGCCACGGUGACGCGAGCAUCACCUACCAGUCGUCACCUUCCUGUCGAGACAUUUCACCGAGGAACUCCUGGAUCAGUGGGGGGAGGAAGAUCACACUCACUGGAUCUCACCUGGAGUUUGUGGAGGGGGUCAUUCACAGCCGAGCCCCUCAGGAAGUACAACCUCCGACUGACAGGAACCAUCAGGAUGGAGGAAAUGUUUCCUCAAUCUGA